GGACUGCAUUGUCAACAAUGGUAGACAUUUGCUCAGGCCGUUGGAUCUUAAAAGGCUAACUGUGCCUCUGUGGAUUGCACAGCAAGAAUGGCAUAUCCAGGGAAGUCUCUCUUAAGGAGAUCUUUCAGUGAGCAUAUCAGGGUCUCUACCACGAAAGCAUGGGAUGUUUUUUGGAAGAGCACACGAGAAAAGCGUUUAUCAGAAAUAGAGGCCAAAGAAGCCUGUGACUGGCUGAAGGCUGCGGGUUUCCCCCAAUAUGCUCAGAUGUUUGAAGAUAUGCAGUUUCCUAUUGACAUCAAAACUGUGAGAAAAGAUCAUGAGUUUUUAGAUCAAGAUGCGAUAGAAUCCCUGUACAGACGGUUAAAUACAUUGAAUAAAUAUGCAGCAAUGAAGCUGGAAAUAAGUCGGCAAAGAAAGCGGAGUGAUGAAUCUGAAGAAGAUGAACCUUGCGCAAUCAGUAACAAAUGGACUUAUGAGAAACAGACUCAGAGAUGGUCUCGUUUGAAGAGCACAGGAGGUUCUGGUGCAGUAGUUCCCAACAGUCUGAGGCUUAAGAGCUCUGGGAGUGGGGACAUAGCAUUUUCUGAUCAAGGAGAGAGAAAUGAUGAGUCCUCCAUUCACAGUUCUAGCAGUGGAGACAGCGACUUGAUCAGCUUCCCAAAAACUUGUGAGGAUGUUGAGACAAGCAGGAGCUCUUCAACAUGUUCCUCGAAUAAAUUGGCAUCGCCCGACUCUACCUUCAGUUGCUCUCCUUCGCCUAGUGAAACCUUGAAGAUAAUUAGUGAGGACAAGCUCUUGGAUAAACCAUCCCCCAAAACGGGAAGGAGUUUCUUAAAGAAAAUGGAGAAGCUGCGUCUCAGAAGUAGCGGUAGCAGUUUGAAGAGAGAAGCACAUUCAAAGGCCAAACCCAUUAUUAGCGAGCCAAUUCUCCUAGAAGGUCUAAGUGAAGAAAAGCUGAAAAACCUUAAUUGUGUAGAUAUUUCGGACAUGCCUGAGAGUCGGCCAACGCAGCCGUCUUACUCCACACAGACCUCUAGCAGCAGCCAGUCUGAAAACAGCAGCACUGUAAGUACCCCAAGCCCUGUUAUCAAAGUGAGGAGGCACAGCAAAAGAGGUGGACUGUAUGCAGAAGAAAUGGAUUCCAGCAAACUUUCCUCGUGGAGUGAUCUUUCGGAGAGUAACUUCAAAAACGAGAUGCAUUUGCAGGAGAGCAAAGUAUUUCAUGUACCACAAGGACAUAAGCCUGGGACGUUUCCCAAAGCACUGACCUACAGUCUCUUGUCUCCAAUAGACAAUACUUCUGUAAACUGGAGAACUGGGAGUUUUCAUGGGUGCCAGAGGAAUAGGGUUCAAUUUAGGUCUCAGGAGCCUGAAACUCCGCUUAGUUCUCUUUCAUUGAUGGAUAACAGACUGAGCAUAUACGACAACGUGCCGGGCAAUCAUCUUGGCGAUGAUGAUGUUUUUACAGAACUAGACAGUGUCAUGGAACAUGUUAAUGGGCUCAGGAAGUUGGUCAGUCAGUGGACAGAGAAAUUCUCUGAUGAUGGGGACUCAGACUCUGCCAGUCCCUCCAACGAGUCAACCUCCCCAUGCCCAUCAUCCCCUAAGGAAAUCCACCUUGAGAUUAAAAAGCAUUCAGAAGGGAAAUUGGCAGAGUUGCCAGUCACUGAUGGUGUAGAGGAGUGUAAACAUACCAGUGGCUAUGGCCUCACGGAACUGGCAUACGUAACGGCAUCGGGGACAAGACUGACAUCACCACAUUCCAUCAGACAUGUGAGGAGACAUUGGUCUACUGAGGAAGGCACAAAUCUGGAAAGUCUUUCUCGGCAAAUUGACAGCCAGUCAGCAGCCCACCUUAACCGAAUGCAGAAGCUUGCUUUGUUAAAAUUGACUGCUUUAAUGGACAAAUACUCUCCUUCAAGCAGACAAGGAUGGAACUGGACUGUUCCAAAGUUCAUUCGAAAAAUAAAAGCUCCUGAUUAUAAGGACAAAAUAGUAUUUGGAGUACCAUUACUGUUAAAUGUACAGAGAACAAGUUAUCCACUUCCAAGGAGCAUACUCCAAGCCAUGGACUACUUAAGAGACCAUUUUCUUGACCAGGUUGGCCUUUUCCGAAAAUCUGGUGUGAAAUCUAGGAUCCUUUACUUAAGAGAAAUGAAUGAAAAUGACCCAAACAACAUAACUUAUGAAGGGCAAUCAGCAUUUGAUGUUGCAGACAUGGUGAAACAGUAUUUCCGAGAUCUUCCAGAACCUAUAUUCACUAGCAAGCUCUGUGAAUCCUUCCUCCAUAUCUAUCAAUAUCUGCCAAAAGAUCAGCAAUUUUGUGCUGUCCAAGCUGCUAUUCUUCUGCUUCCAGAUGAAAAUCGCGAAGCUUUGAAAACUCUUCUGUUCUUUCUCAAGGAUGUAGUAGCUUUUGUGGAGGAAAACCAAAUGACUCCAACCAACAUUGCGGUCUGUCUGGCACCAUCUUUAUUUCAUCUUAAUAACCUGAGGAGAGAGAGUUCCUCUUCAUCUAGAUCCAGCCAGAGGAAAUACAGUACUGGAAAACCAGACCAGAGGGAUCUCAGUGAGAACUUGGCUGCGACGCAAGGCCUGGCGCACAUGAUAAUGGAGUGCCACAGACUGUUUCAGAUACCAGACUACUGCUUUGACCAGGGUUAUGAAGAUUUACAUGAUCAAAACUCAGAUGAAGAAGCUUCACACCAGACCUCCUUAACAAAGUAUUCUGGCACAGUGAUUUCCUUGGAGCACUCCAUGCAGGACUUGCUCCGCGAUUCCAAGGAAAAAUUCAAGAACUGGGUUACUUGCUCCAUCUUAGAAGGAGUGGAAUCUGCAUAUAAAAAGGUGGAUGAUAAUUACCAUGUCCGGUUAUGGAAAGCUUCUGUUGAAAUUGACGCUAUCCCUAAAGUAGUUCUAUAUCGGGUACUGAUGGAACAGCACCUAUGGGAACCAAGACUUCAGCAAAAAAAAAUCCUAGAGAACUUAGAUGAUGAAACAGACAUUUACCACUACACAACAGAGAGUAUGCCUCCACUUCCUCCACGAGAAUAUGUGAUCUUAAGGACUUGGCGGACUGAUCCUCAAAGCAGCACAUGUGUGUUAGCAGCUACCUCAGCAGACAGUGAAAGUGCUACUGUGAGUGGGAUCUUGGCUCAGGUCCUACUUUGUCAGUACCUUAUAGAAGCAGUUGGUGCUCAGAAAUCCAAAGUGACACACGUCUGUCGAAUAGAUACCAGGGGCCGGACAACAGAAUGGUACAACAGGGCUUUUGGUCAUGUGUGUGCUACAGAACUGAUAAGGAUUAAAGACUCUUUCAGAACUUCACCUUACUGAAACUCAGCCAUUUGAUGCUUUUGGAGACGAAGGCAAUGCAUGAUGCCCAAAGUUGCCUUUUUGAAAGCCUGGGCUUGGCUUGACUCACCUUUAUUAAAUUUUGAUCAAUUAAGAGAGGAAUAUAUAAAUAGAACUUCAAAUAAUUUUAUAAAAUAUUUUUUUUCAGUUCAGGUAUAUUCUUGAACUGACUGACAUUAUGCACCAUUCUUAAUAUUUGUUUUAUAUAAAAAUGUUAUUCC